AUGCGGCCCGAAGUCGAGCAGGAGCUUGCUCACACCCUGCUCGUUGAGCUGCUGGCAUACCAAUUCGCCUCGCCGGUGAGAUGGAUCGAGACCCAAGAUGUUUUCCUCGCCGAGAGGACAGCAGAGCGUGUCGUUGAAGUUGGUCCUGCCGACACCCUUGGUGUUAUGGCCAAACGAACUCUUGCAUCCAAGUACGAGUCUUACGAUGCAGCCAAAUCCGUUCAGCGGCAAAUUCUCUGCUACAACAAGGAUGCAAAGGAAAUCUACUACGAUGUUGACCCUGUCGAUGAAGAGCCCGAGCCUGAUGCUGGCUCAAGUGCACCAGCUGCAGAUGCUGGUACUGCUGCCCCUGCCUCGGCGCCGGCUGCUGCUGCUCCUCCUCCGCCAAGCGCCGGCCCGGCUGUCCAGGUUCUCGAUCAGCCUGUUCAGGCCAUUGAUAUCGUACGCGCUUUGAUUGCCCAGAAAUUGAAGAAGCCUCUUCUGGAAGUUCCUUUGGGCAAAGCAAUUAAGGACCUUGUUGGCGGCAAGUCAACACUACAAAACGAAAUUCUCGGUGACCUAGGCAAAGAAUUCGGUUCGACCCCCGAAAAGCCAGAAGAUACCCCGCUGGAUGAACUUGGUGCCUCAAUGCAGGCCACUUUUGACGGCAAUCUGGGCAAGCAGUCUCAGUCCUUGAUCGCCAGAUUAAUAUCGUCCAAGAUGCCUGGUGGUUUCAACAUCACAGCUGCCCGCAAGUACUUGGAGACAAGAUGGGGCUUGGGAGCUGGUCGUCAGGAUGGCGCCUUGCUUCUGGCGCUGACUAUGGAGCCUGCCACUCGUCUCGGAUCUGAGGGCGAUGCCAAGGCCUUCCUCGACGACGUUACCCAAAAAUACGCCGCCAAUGCUGGUGUCAGCUUGAACAGCGCGUCAUCUUCCGGUCCCGCUGGCGGUGCCGGUGCCGGCAUGAUGAUGGACCCUGCCGCAAUUGAUGCUCUGACCAAGGACCAGCGGGCUCUAUUCAAGCAGCAGCUCGAGCUGUUUGCCCGCUACCUCAAGAUGGAUCUUCGGUCCGGUGACAAAGCUGCUAUUGAUUCACAGAAGUCCGAAAAGGUUCUCCAGGCCCAGCUUGACCUGUGGACUGCUGAACAUGGCGACUUCUACGCCGCCGGCAUUGAGCCCGUAUUCAGUCCUCUCAAGGCCCGCACCUACGAUUCAUCCUGGAAUUGGGCUCGUCAGGAUGCUCUGAGCAUGUACUUUGACGUCAUUUUCGGCCGUCUCCAGGCUGUCGACCGUGAGAUUGUCAGCCAAUGUAUCCGCAUCAUGAACCGCUCAAACCCCAAGCUUUUGGACUUCAUGCAAUACCACAUCGAUAACUGCCCCACGGAGCGCGGAGAGACAUACAAGCUCGCCAAGGAGCUUGGGCAGAUGCUUAUUGAGAACUGCAAGGAGGUCUUGGACGUCUCUCCGGUAUACAAGGAUGUUGCCGUUCCAACUGGCCCCCGUACCACGGUCGAUGCUCGUGGCAACCUCAAUUACGAGGAAGUUCCCCGGGCCAGCUGCCGCAAACUCGAGCACUAUGUUCAGCAAAUGGCCGAGGGCGGCAAGAUCUCAGAGUAUGGCAACCGUACAAAGGUUCAAAACGACCUACAACGCAUCUACAAGCUCAUCAAACAGCAGCACAAGAUGUCAAAAACAUCCCAGCUCGAGAUCAAGAGCUUGUAUGGCGAUGUCCUGCGCUCCCUUGCCAUGAAUGAAAGCCAGAUCUUGUCCAAGGAGAAUAACAAGGGUAAGAAGGGCGGUCUCCGCGGGAUUAGCCAGAACAAGGGCAAAGUUGAGACCAUUCCCUUCCUCCACCUGAAGCGCAAGACUCUCCACGGCUGGGACUAUAGCAAGAAGCUCACUGCUGCCUACCUCAACUGUCUUGAAGAUAGUGCUAGGGCUGGUGUGACUUACCACGGCAAACAUGUCCUCAUGACUGGUGCCGGUGCCGGAUCAAUCGGUGCUGAAGUUCUCCAGGGCCUCAUCAGCGGCGGUGCAAAGGUCGUAGUGACUACCAGCCGAUUCUCUCGUGAGGUCACCGAGUAUUACCAGUCCAUGUACUCCCGAUAUGGAUCUCGUGCCUCUCAGAUUGUUGUCGUUCCAUUCAACCAGGGAAGCAAGCAGGAUGUCGAGGCUCUCGUUGAGUAUAUUUAUGACCCGAAGAACGGUCUCGGAUGGGACCUUGACUACAUUGUUCCCUUUGCUGCCAUUUCUGAGGCUGGACGCCAGAUCGAUGGCAUUGACUCACGCUCUGAACUUGCUCACAGAAUCAUGCUCACGAACCUCAUUCGUCUUUUGGGCUGCGUCAAAACUCAAAAGGCUGAGCGUGGCUUUGAGACUCGUCCUGCUCAAGUUGUCCUCCCUCUCUCUCCCAACCACGGUACCUUUGGUAACGAUGGUCUCUAUUCCGAAUCCAAGCUUGCCCUCGAGACCCUUUUUAACCGUUGGCAUUCCGAAAGCUGGGCCAAUUACCUCACUAUUUGUGGUGCUGUGAUUGGUUGGACCCGUGGAACUGGGCUCAUGUCAGGCAACAACAUUGUCGCCGAAGGCGUUGAGGCUUUCGGUGUCCGCACUUUCUCUCAACAAGAAAUGGCCUUCAACUUGCUCGGCCUAAUGUCCCCCGCCAUUGUCGACCUUUGCCAAGCGGAGCCAGUCUUCGCUGAUCUCAACGGUGGCCUGCAGUUUAUCCCCAACCUCAACGAGGCUAUGACCAAGCUUCGCAAGGACAUUAUGGAGACUAGCGAGAUUCGGAGAGCUGUCUCCAAAGAAAGCGCCAUCGAGAACUCUAUCGUCAAUGGUGCCAACUCCGAUGUCCUCUACAAGAAGAAGAUUAUUUCUCCUCGUGCCAAUAUCAAGUUCGACUUCCCUCCUUUGCCGGAUUGGAAGAUCGAUGUUUCUCCCCUCAACGACAAGCUCAGGGGCAUGGUCGAUCUGGACAAGGUGGUGGUUGUUACCGGUUUCGCCGAACUCGGUCCAUGGGGCAAUUCUCGUACGCGAUGGGAGAUGGAAGCGUACGGAGAGUUUUCCCUCGAGGGUUGCGUCGAAAUGGCUUGGAUCAUGGGUCUCAUUCGCAACCACAAUGGUGCCAUCAAGGGCAAACCUUACUCCGGUUGGGUCGACGCCAAGUCCGGUGAGCCUGUUGACGACAAGGACAUCAAGCAGAGGUAUGAGAAGCACAUUUUGGAGCAUUCCGGUAUUCGCUUGAUCGAGCCCGAGCUCUUUGAAGGCUACGAUCCCAACCAGAAGCAGCUGCUUCACGAGGUUGUUAUUGAAGAGGAUCUGGAACCUUUCGAAGCCUCCAAGGAGACCGCUGAAGAGUUCAAGCGUGAACACGGCGACAAGGUUGAAAUCUUUGAGAUUCCUGACAGUGGUGAGUAUAUCGUUCGCAUGAAAAAGGGGGCUUCUCUCUGGAUCCCCAAGGCCCUCCGCUUCGACCGUCUGGUUGCCGGUCAGAUCCCGACUGGUUGGGACCCCAAGCGAUAUGGAAUUCCCGAAGACAUCAUCUCUCAGGUCGACCCAGUUACCCUAUUCCUUCUUGUGUGCACUGCUGAGGCUCUGUUGUCGGCCGGCAUCACCGAUCCGUAUGAGUUCUACAAAUAUGUCCACGUUUCCGAAGUUGGUAACUGUGUCGGUUCCGGUAUGGGUGGGUCGGCAGCUCUCCGAGGCAUGCACAAAGAUCGCUUCUUAGACAAGCCUCUUCAGAAUGAUAUUCUUCAGGAGUCUUUCAUCAACACCAUGGCUGCCUGGGUGAACAUGUUACUCAUCUCUUCUUCUGGUCCCAUCAAGACUCCUGUCGGAGCUUGCGCCACCGCUGUGGAAUCGGUCGAUGUUGGUUACGAAACCAUUAUGGAGGGCAAGGCUCGUGUGUGCUUAGUCGGUGGUUUUGAUGACUUUGGCGAGGAAGGGUCCUACGAAUUCGCCAACAUGAAGGCCACCAGCAACACUGUGGACGAGCUUAACCACGGCCGUACUCCCAAAGAAAUGUCUCGUCCCACCACAACCACCCGUAACGGAUUCAUGGAGUCCCAAGGUUGCGGUAUCCAAGUCAUCAUGACUGCUCAGCUCGCUGUGGACAUGGGAGUUCCCAUCUAUGGUGUCCUGGCUCUCACCACCACGGCUUCUGACAAGAUUGGCCGCUCUGUACCUGCCCCUGGUCAAGGUGUCCUUACCACCGCUCGCGAGCAUGCUGGCAAAUUCCCCUCGCCGCUGCUCGAUAUCGAUUACCGGCGUCGCCAGAUUGAGCGCCGCAAGAAACAGAUUAAGCAGUGGCAUGAGUCUGAGCUGGAGUUCAUCCACGACGAAAUCGAUGCCAUGAAGGCUCAAGAUCCCUCUUUUGAUGAGAAACUAUAUGCUCAGGAGCGCUUUGCGCACAUCGAGAAUGAGGCAAUUCGACAAGAAAAGGAGCUGCUUCGUAGCAUGGGGAACAAUUUCUGGAAGAACGAUCCCAGCAUUGCUCCUCUCCGUGGCGCUUUGGCCACCUGGGGUCUCACCAUUGACGAUCUGGACGUCGCUUCCUUCCAUGGCACCUCGACCAAAGCCAACGACAAGAACGAGUCGUCCGUUAUUUGCCAGCAGCUGCGCCAUCUCGGACGAUCCAGGGGCAAUGCUGUGAUGGGUAUCUUUCAAAAGUACCUCACUGGUCAUCCCAAGGGUGCCGCCGGUGCCUGGAUGAUGAAUGGCUGUCUGCAAGUUCUCAACAGCGGUUUGGUCCCUGGCAACCGCAACGCUGACAAUGUCGAUCCCGUCAUGGAGGAGUUCGACCUGAUUGUCUACCCCAGCCGUUCAAUCCAGACGGACGGUAUCAAAGCGUUCUCUGUUACCUCUUUCGGUUUCGGUCAGAAGGGCGCCCAGGCUAUUGGUAUUCACCCCAAGUAUCUGUUUGCAACCCUCGACCAGACGACCUACCAGCAGUACUGCUCCAAGGUGGAGGCGCGUCAGAAGAAGGCCUACCGCUAUUUCCACAACGGUCUCAUCAAUAAUAGCCUGUUUGUGGCCAAGACCAAGGCUCCAUACACUGACGAGCAGCUUAGCAAGGUGUUGCUCAAUCCCGACGCUCGUGUGAGUGAGGACAAGAAAUCUUCUGAGCUCAAAUACUCUGAGGAUUUUAUGAAGCAAUCCGAGAAAGCAAUGACCUCUGCUCGUGCUGCUGAAACCGAAAAAGUCAUGGAGACUCUGGCUCGAAAGGUUGCCAACAAGAAUAGCAAUGUUGGUGUUGAUGUAGAGGACAUCGCUGCCAUCAAUAUUGAGAAUGAGACCUUUUUGGAGCGAAACUUCACGUCGCAGGAGAUCAAAUACUGCAAAGGGGCUCCCAGCCCCCAGAGUUCCUUUGCCGGUCGGUGGAGCGCCAAGGAGGCCGUGUUCAAAUCCCUCGGUGUCGCCAGCAGGGGUGCAGGCGCUGCCAUGAAGGAAAUUGAAAUUGUGAAGGAUGACAACGGUGCUCCCACGGUUAAGCUCCACGGUGAGGCUGCUGCUGCUGCUGCCAAGGUUGGUGUGAAGGACAUUUCGCUGUCCAUCUCGCACUCCGACAAUCAGGCUAUUGCUGUUGCGGUUACCAACGUUUGA